UUAGCUAUAACAACAGAAGUAUCAUGUAAAAUUUCAUAGUAAAAUCUCUGGCUAUGACGAAUGCAUGAUAUGGAAGAGACCGUUAGUUUUCCUAUAAGUUGCUCGCAGGAAACUGAAGAUGCCAUUGCAUUCUUUCAAAAAUAAGAGUGGGAAACAAUACUCAUAGAAACAUGAAUUUUUUCUAUCAAAAACUUAUUUCUGAAUGGCUUCUAUUCAUUCUUUGGUGGUGUUCUAUCAUAACUAUCUUCCAACAUGUUUCUUCUGUGAGCCUACCAAACAAUGAAACUGUGCCAGCAGUUAUUGUAUUUGGAGACUCAAUAGUAGAUCCUGGAAACAACAACUAUUUCACCACCAUUGUCAAAUGCAAUUUCCCACCAUAUGGUAGAGAUUUUGCUGACGGAAAUCAUCCAACUGGGAGGUUCAGUAAUGGCUUAGUCCCAUCAGACAUCGUUGCUGCAAAAUUUGGAGUCAAGAAGCUUUUGCCACCUUAUCUUGAUCCAAAUUUGUCACUUCAAGAACUCCUCACUGGGGUAAGCUUUGCCUCGGGUGGUGCUGGAUUUGAUCCUCUAACAGCUGAACUAGUGUCUGUGAUAUCACUGUCAGAUCAAUUAAACAUGUUCAAGGAGUACAUAAGGAAGAUAAAUGAAGCAGUUGGAAGAAACAGAACUGCGACAAUAGUAUCUAAGAGCAUAUACAUAGUGUGCGCAGGAAGUGAUGACAUUGCCAAUACUUAUUCUCAAACACCAUUUAGGCGUGCACAGUAUGAUAUUCCUUCAUACACAGACUUAAUGACUUCAGAAGCUUUAAACUUCUUUGAGGAGCUUUAUGGACUAGGAGCUAGAAGGAUUGGAGUAUUUGGUUUACCAGCUAUAGGGUGUGUGCCAUCACAAAGAACAAUUGGUGGAGGUUCGGAUAGAGCAUGCUUUGAUUCUUCUAACCAAGCAGCAAUGCUCUUCAACUCCAAACUGCUCUCUCAAAUGAAUGCUCUUGGAAAAAAGUUUUCAGAUGCUAGGCUUGUCUAUCUUGAUUCUUACAACGGAUUGCUAAACAUGAUUCAGAAUCCUAGUAAAUACGGUUUCGAAGUGACAGAGAAGGGAUGCUGUGGCACAGGGAAUAUAGAAGUGGGCAUUUUGUGCAACCGUUACAGCAUAAACACAUGCUCUAACUCUUCUACCUACAUAUUUUGGGACAGUUAUCAUCCCACAGAGAAGGCUUAUUAUGUGCUUAGUUCUCUGGUGCUUGAUAAAAAAAUUAAGGACUUCUUUUGAUAACAGUUUCGGUGCCUAGUUGAUGUAGCUUUAUUUUCUCUUGCUUUUUCAUCUCUUUCUUCUACCUAGUGUGUUUUUAACUUAUUACGAUUAGAAGAGGUUGCAAGGAAUACUAUAAAUUCAAACGCCUCCAUGUGAUAAUGUAUUCUAAGUCCAUAUUGUUAGUUGUGCUUGUAUGGACAUAUCACAUAUGUUACUUUGUUAUGGGAAUAUGUUGGACUUUUUUUU